UGAAAAGCCAGUAGUUCGUCGCUUGGCCGCAGGUUGGCAGCACUGCACCGAACACAGAGUCCUUUUUGUUUUUGUUUCGUUUCGCCUGCCCUGCUGCCGUACUUUUCGCCAAUUUUCCCGUCAAUUUGGCCAGAAGGUCGAAUCGGCCAGUCACGCAGAAAAUAAUGCGCCGCACGUGAUAAUAUACUGCAUAGACGACGGUGCUAAGAUGGAUCCUUCAGAGGCCCAAGGCGUGGCCCAGAGUUCCACCGGGACGGUGUCCAAGGCGACCAACCUUGGGGCCCUCGGCGAUUUGUGCCAAUACGACAGCGACUCGUCGUCCGAGGGGUCGGUCAAAGAGGUCAGCAGGACCACUGGUUACCGCGAGGUCACGCUGCGCGACUCGUCCGAUUCUUCCUCCUCGUCCUUGUCUGAGGCCAGCGAAGAAGAGGAUGACUCGAGCACGGAGACCAGCAGCGAGGACGAAUUCCACUGUGCCAGUGGUGCUCAAGGUGGCCAAAUAAAACCACCAAAAACCAAAGGCGAGAUAGGCCUGGACGACUUGCCGCCCAUCGAAGAUCUCGCAAUUUCUGUGGCUGAACAGGAGUGCGUGGAAGUUGGCAAAGUCACCGCCAUCAUCGAUAAACUAGUGGUUGUACAAAGCUUGAAAAAUAAGCCGCCUUUGGACUUGGACAGCGUUUUGUUUCUGGACAAGGGUCAGCGCACCCUUGGCCGCAUUUUUGAUGUGAUUGGACCAGUGAGCGAACCUGCCUACUGCGUCCGCUUCAAUUCCGAGGACCACGUGAAGGAGAAGGGCGUCGAGAAGGACAUGCUCGUCUACUGCGCGCCUCAAACCAACCACACCACCUAUGUCGUGCUUGAUGAACUCAUGAAAUUGAGAGGAAGUGAUGCGUCCUGGUUUGGAAAUAACGAGCCUCCGAGUGAAUUCAUCGAUUUUUCAGAUGACGAAUCGGAAAAGAGGACCCGGAGAAAACGAACAGUCGAUGGGAGUAGCACAAGUGACCAAGCCCGAGUGGAGCCGAGUACUUACGAGAAGCACAUGAAUGCCAAGAACCUUGCCCGCUCGCGGAUGCCCAACCAACACCGCGGCUACAUGAACCGCGUUGCUCCCCAGUCGUACGUUGCGGCAAAUGUGAUUCCGAAUCUGCCCCCGCCUCAUGCCUUCGGCGGCCAGCCUGUUUGGCCCCACGUGGCGCCCGACCGAUUUGUUCCUCCGCCGUAUCAAUUCGGAAUGCCUCCCGGCCCGAGAUACCCCAUGCCCCAGCAAAGACCUCCCAUGCCCAUGAGGGGCCCGCCGGGACCCCAUUCGCCCUGGUCCUAUAGGCCUAGGUACUGAGCUUGCCGCAAACUUAAAAAGAGACGAGCCUCAAAGUGAUAAGUUUGUGCAUUUCAUCAAGAUUAUAUAUAUUAUCCUGCAAAAGAAAAUAAGUAAUUCUGUUUCUAGAAAGUAAUUAAUAAUACUUGUAGUCAGGAGAAAAAAUACAAGUUAUUUUGUUGAUCCGAAUUAAUUUGUUGGAUAGUAAUAAUUUAUUUUAAUGUGCGGAAAAUCAUGAUUUUAAUAAAGUAACCAUAAUUUCAAUGGUUGUUUAAUGAACUGUAUAAUGUGAUUUU